GUCCGGCUUUCGGAGUUUGGCGGCGGGAAAGGCCAUGAGUAAAGGCAGGGCUGAAGCGGCGACUGGCGCCCCCGGCGUCCUCCUGAAGUACCUGCAGGAGCAGAACCGGCCCUACAGCGCCCAGGAUGUGUUUGGGAACCUGCAGCGGGAACACGGGCUGGGCAAAGCGGCCGUGGUGAAGGCGCUGGAGCAGCUGGCCCAACAAGGCAAGAUUAAAGAGAAGAUGUACGGCAAGCAGAAGAUCUAUUUUGCAGACCAGGACCAGUUUGACACGGUGAGUGAUGCUGACCUCCAAAGCUUGGAUGCCAAAAUCGUGACCCUCACUGCCAAGGUGCAGAGCUUGCAGCAGAGCUGUCGCCAAAUGGAGGCUGAGCUGAAGGAGUUAACUAGUGCCCUGACCACACCGGAGAUGCAGAAAGAGAUCCAGGAGUUAAAGAAGGAAUGUGCUGGCUACACAGAGAGACUGAAGAACAUCAAAGCAGCCACCAGCCAUGUGACCCCGGAGGAGAAAGAACAGGUGUACAAAGAGAAGCAGAAGUACUGCAAGGAGUGGAGGAAGCGCAAGAGGAUGGCAACAGAGCUGUGUGAUGCAAUCCUGGAAGGGUACCCCAAGAGCAAGAAGCAGUUCUUUGUAAGUGGUUCUCUUUCUCUUCCUUACUCCCCUGGGGUUUCGCCAAGAGGUCUCAUUCACUUGUCUCAUUGCCCCACAGGAGGAAGUUGGGAUAGAGACAGAUGAAGAUUAUAAUGUCAAGCUCCCAGACCCCUGAGAGCCCCUGUGGUAGGACUGGGUUAUGGGGACAGAGUCCCAGACUGGCUGCCAGCUUUUUUUAUUGUUACUGCUGCUUUCAACCUUUGAGCAGGGCAGUUGGGAGAGG